UGGAGUCGCUUCGUGGAUUUCCGAAAACAGAGCCGAAGCUUGGUCUUCGGAAUCCAGAAAGCGCGCGCGUCCCCCGGGGUUACCUCCUUCGGGUGUUUCCGGAAUUCACUCGUAGUCGGUGGCCGGGAGGAGGAGGAGAGCCGCCCUCCCGUUCCCCGACGCUUCGGAUGUUUCCGGCUGCUGCCGGCGGAAAGAGCCGAGGGCCGGCGGUGGUGGCGGCCAUGUUGGGAGCAGCAGGUCCGGCGGCGGCUGCCUGUGUGCCGGGCGCGGAGCAGUGCCGCUGAGGGCAGGGGAGGAGCGAGGCGGGCGGCCGGCUGCGGCGGCAGAGAGUAGGCGGAGCGGCGCGGCCCGGCCUAAAGGCGGCACAGCCCAGCCGGGGGUCGGGGGGGUGCGGUCCGGAGCCGCUCGGAGCCGGCGCGGCCUAGCCCGAGCGGCGCAUCCCCGGGCUGGCGUGAACGGCUGCCCGGCCUCCCCGCACCCCCGGCCGGGGCCCAUGAGGCGGGUGCCCCUGCUGUGAGAAGCCCCGCCCGGCCGGGCUCCGCGCCUUCCCUUCCCUCCCUUCUUCCAAGCUUCUCGGUUCCCUCCCCUGAGAUACCGGCGCCAUGUCCAGCGCCCGGACCCCCCUACCCACGCUGAACGAGAGAGACACGGAGCAGCCCACCCUGGGACACCUCGACUCCAAGCCCAGCAGUAAGUCCAACAUGCUGCGGGGCCGCAACUCAGCCACCUCUGCUGACGAGCAGCCCCACAUCGGCAACUACCGGCUCCUCAAGACCAUCGGCAAGGGCAACUUCGCCAAAGUGAAGCUGGCUCGGCACAUCCUGACGGGGAAGGAGGUAGCGGUGAAGAUCAUUGACAAGACUCAGCUGAACUCCUCCAGCCUCCAGAAGCUGUUCCGGGAAGUGAGAAUAAUGAAGGUUUUGAAUCACCCCAACAUAGUUAAGUUAUUUGAAGUGAUCGAGACUGAAAAAACGCUCUACCUUGUCAUGGAGUAUGCCAGUGGAGGAGAGGUGUUCGAUUACCUCGUGGCUCACGGCAGGAUGAAAGAAAAAGAGGCUCGAGCCAAAUUCCGCCAGAUAGUGUCUGCUGUGCAGUACUGCCACCAGAAGUUUAUUGUCCACAGGGACUUAAAGGCAGAAAACCUGCUCUUGGAUGCUGAUAUGAACAUCAAGAUUGCAGACUUCGGCUUCAGCAACGAGUUCACCUUUGGGAACAAGCUGGACACCUUCUGUGGCAGUCCCCCUUAUGCUGCCCCCGAGCUCUUCCAGGGCAAAAAGUAUGACGGGCCCGAGGUGGACGUGUGGAGCCUGGGAGUCAUCCUGUACACACUGGUCAGCGGAUCCCUGCCUUUUGAUGGACAGAACCUCAAGGAGCUGCGGGAGCGGGUGCUUCGGGGAAAAUACCGUAUUCCGUUCUACAUGUCCACGGACUGUGAAAACCUGCUUAAGAAGUUUCUUAUUCUCAACCCCAGCAAGAGAGGCACUUUAGAGCAAAUCAUGAAAGAUCGAUGGAUGAAUGUGGGUUAUGAAGAUGAUGAACUAAAGCCUUACGUGGAGCCACUCCCCGACUACAAGGACCCAAGGCGGACAGAGUUGAUGGUGUCCAUGGGUUACACGCGAGAAGAGAUCCAGGACUCGCUUGUGGGCCAGAGGUACAACGAGGUGAUGGCCACCUAUCUGCUCCUUGGCUACAAGAGCUCGGAGCUGGAGGGCGACGCCGUCACCUUGAAGCCCCGGCCUUCGGCUGACAUGACCAACAGCAGCGCUCCCUCCCCCUCCCACAAGGUACAGCGCAGCGUCUCGGCCAACCCCAAGCAGCGGCGCUUCAGCGACCAGGCUGGUCCUGCCAUUCCCACCUCAAAUUCCUACUCCAAGAAGACUCAGAGUAACAAUGCGGAAAAUAAGCGGCCUGAGGAGGACCGGGAGUCAGGGCGGAAGGCCAGCAGCACAGCCAAAGUGCCUGCCAGCCCCCUGCCUGGCCUAGAGAGGAAGAAGACCACCCCUACCCCCUCCACGAACAGCGUCCUCUCCACCAGCACAAACCGAAGCAGGAACUCCCCACUUUUGGAGAGGGCCAGCCUUGGCCAGGCCUCCAUCCAGAAUGGCAAGGACAGCCUAACCAUGCCAGGGUCCCGGGCCUCCACGGCUUCUGCUUCUGCCGCAGUCUCUGCGGCCCGACCCCGCCAGCACCAGAAAUCCAUGUCGGCCUCCGUGCACCCCAACAAGGCCACUGGGCUGCCCCCCACGGACAGUAACUGUGAGGUGCCGCGGCCCAGCACAGCCCCCCAGCGUGUCCCCGUCGCCUCCCCCUCCGCCCACAACAUCAGCAGCAGCGGCGGAGCCCCAGACCGGACUAAUUUCCCCCGGGGCGUGUCCAGUCGAAGCACCUUCCACGCUGGGCAGCUCCGGCAGGUUCGGGACCAGCAGAAUUUGCCCUACGGCGUCACCCCGGCCUCUCCCUCUGGCAACAGCCAGGGGCGGCGAGGGGCCUCGGGGAGCAUUUUCAGCAAAUUCACCUCCAAGUUUGUACGAAGACCUCACGUGGUGGGCGGUGGAGGCAACGACAAGGAGAAGGAGGAGUUCCGGGAGGCCAAGCCGCGCUCGCUCCGCUUCACGUGGAGCAUGAAGACCACGAGCUCCAUGGAGCCCAACGAAAUGAUGCGGGAGAUCCGCAAGGUGCUGGACGCGAACAGCUGCCAGAGCGAGCUGCACGAGAAGUACAUGCUGCUGUGCAUGCACGGCACGCCGGGCCACGAGGACUUCGUGCAGUGGGAGAUGGAGGUGUGCAAGCUGCCGCGGCUGUCUCUCAACGGGGUCCGGUUUAAGCGGAUAUCGGGCACCUCCAUGGCCUUCAAAAACAUUGCCUCCAAAAUAGCCAACGAGCUGAAGCUUUAACAGGCUGCCGGGAGUAGGGGGGCGACGGAGGCCGGCCCGCUGGACUUAGCUGCCGGGCCGCCGCUCCGACCCGCCUGGGCGAGACUGCGGAGAUGGAUUGGCGUGUCUCUCCCUGCUGGCACUUCUCCCUCCCCACCCUGCUCAGUUUUUCUUCCAUGUUCGUGGGGAUGGGAGAUGGUUCUUUCCCCCCAACGUUUACCCCUGCCCGGAUAUUCCCCUGCCCCCCUCUCUCCCACAGGAGGCAAAGGAAGGGAGGAGGGGUGGGGGGGCAGGGCUCCCCCUCGGUACUGCGGUUGCACAGAGUAUUUCGCCUAAACCAAGAAAUUUUUUAUUACCAAAAAGAAAAAAGAAAAAAAAAAUCCCAGCGGCCACCUGUCCUCCCUGCCCCAUCGGGACAGCCGAGGCUGGCUCUGUGGGGUCCCCGGGAGGGCGGCUCAGGGCUGGAGCGCUCUCAGGCAAGAGUGGUGGAGUCCCGUCAGGCCCUCCGCCAGGCCCGCUUUGGGCUUCUCCCCUCUCCUCCUCUCCUUCCCCUCCGAGCAAACCACCAGAGGUGGCCUUCCCCUGACCUCGGGCCCCUGGGCUGGAGCCCGGGGGGCCGGGGCAGGGGGUGCUGCGCAGCCCUGAGGUGGUGGGGCUGGCAGCGAGGCGCGGGGCUCUGGCCUCCCUCCACACUGUAUCCUCUGCCCCCUUCCCCAGAGCUGGGCAUUUCCUUCCACAAGCUGCUGUGGGGACUUUUGUUCCCCCCUCAAAAGUCUGUGCCAUCUUCUCCCACCCCCUCCUGGUAGAAGGCGGGGCUGACCCCAGGGCUGGGAGAAGGGAGGGGACUGCAGGGCGCAUGGGCUCUUGGGCCCCCGGGGGGCCGCCUGGGCUGCUAGUCUCCCAGCGGGGACGCCGGGCAUUCUCCGUUCUGGGAGAGCCUUUGUCUGAGAGCACAGCCCCUCGCCGGUCCCCUCCCCUCCCCUCCCCACCGCUCCGUCAUUGGCAUUAAUCUGGGCACCAGCUAGUUCCAUAGCAGUGACUUCCUCACCACUCAUCUCUCGGCCUUGCCUUCUCUUCCUGACACUGUCGCCCCUCCUCUCAGGAGACACUGCCCAGAGCCUCCAUGGCCACCCGGCAGGAGGCUGGCUGGGGCAGCAGGGCCGGGAGCCUCUGCCCUCCACCGGGUGGGGGGACAGACAGGCCAAGUGACUCCCAGCUCGCUGACCUCCACGGCCAGUGUGGGAGUGGCUGGUUAUGGGCGCUUGGCUGGUGGCGGCCGCUGCAUCCCUUAAUUUAUUUCUCUGCUGUUUCUGUUCUUGAGAAAUUGGGGGAGGGGGUCCUGCCCCUGCCCUCACCUGAGUUGUACAUUUUUUUGUGAUGGGUUUUAUUUUUUAUUUUAUUAUUUUAUUUUUUUUCUUGAUUUAUGAUGACUCCACCCCUUCUCAUCACCCCCACCCCCUGGCUAGGCUCCAUGGCAAGUCAAGCCCUUGGGGUCCCAGGAAGGGGCCUUGCCAACCUCAGUCCUCUGCCCCCAAGCCCAGCUUCGGGCUCGGCUCCAACCAAGGGCUCCCCGUCCUUCCUCCCCUCCCCCCUCCCGCCCUGUGGAACAGCCCUGGUGCUCCGAGGGGCUGGGAGGGCAUGGCUUGGCUCCCAAGGGGGGAGGGUGGCCGGGGGGCUCCCAGGCAAGGUGGCCCCUCCCCACCUAGUCCCCUGCUCCUGCACUUAAGUUUCUCCUCUGGAUCAAACACGAAAUAAAGAGAAUGUUUGGAAUCUGA